AUGUCUCCGAGGAUGCCUACGCAAUCGCAGUCGUUGAUCAUACCGUCUAAGCCGAUAGGUAAAGGACUAGAUGGCUUUCGCAAUUAUUUCAGAUCGAUAUGCGAAGACAUCGGUGUUUCCAAUUCCUCACAAGCACUUGACCAUGUGGACUAUGAAGGUAUCCAGAAUUUGUUAGUCAGUCUUCUCUCUGCUUUGCAAGCCCUCCCGGCCGCUCGAAUUCUGCAGUGCCGAAACGGAAGCGGGACCCUCUUUGAAGGCCUUUUGAAGCUCAAUGCACUGGUCAGCUUUGAUAAUUUCGACGUCGAACGGAUACGACCUCUACUCGAUGCAAUCAUCAACAACCAGUCCGAUGAGGUUAUCUGGGCCAAAGUAGACGAAGCCGUCACCAAAUCCACGCCGCCGCCGCCGCCCCCUUCUUUGUCCGUCCAACAAACACUGCUGUCGAUCAAUACAGGCAGCUUCGCGAACUCGUCCGAGCACCGUAAAUACGUGGAUAACAUACUGAAAGAGGAGUUAGGACACCUGUAUGUUGGCAUACCUGGAUUCUUCGACGCGUUCUUGGGAGACGUGCCAGAACUAGGAACAGCGGCACAGGUUGUGUUUGAUACCUGCAAGGAAGGACACAGUCCACUGUACCGUGUGGAGAGCGGCUGGCAGGGCUGGCCUGAAGGGGCGAAGGAGAAGGAUGUCUUGAACUGGUUUGCACUACUUCUAGACCAGUUUCAGCACAUUGCGUAUGAGCGCCUUGCAAUACCCCAAAGUCCACGGCGACCGCUGGCACAGCCCCAUAAGCCCUUGCAAGGCUCUACAGCCACUCGCAAGCUAGAUAUCGGUUUUGUAGAUGAUCCGGACGCUGGCGUAGACUCGAGAUGCCGCUGGUCGCAAAUCCUUAUACCUGGAGAGCUGAAGAGCAACCCCUCAGCCGACAAAGCGUCCAAGGCGUGGCUUGACCUGGGCCGAUACGCCCAGGAGGUGUUCGCUACACAAGAUAGCCGCCGCUUUGUUCUUGGCUUCACUCUCUGCGGACCCUUCAUGCGGCUGUGGGUGUUCGACCGACUUGGAGGCAUCGCCUCUAAGCAGUUCAACGUCAACAAAGAUGGACUACAGUUUGUGUCUGUAAUGCUUGGGUUGCUGUGGAUGAACAAGGCGCAGCUGGGGUUCGACCCAACUAUCGUCACAAUUGGAGACAAGCGGUAUAUCCAGAUUGAACGUGAGAAUGGGAAAGAGCGCCUUAUCAUUAACAAGGUUAUAAAGAGGGUGCCCUGCGUCGCUGGUCGGGCAACGACCUGCUGGAAAGUUACCCGAGAAGAAGACCCAGACACGCCACUUGUUGUCAAAGAUUCAUGGCAGUAUCCAGAGCGGGACGAAGAGGGUGAGAUGCUACACGAAGCGACAGAGAAGGGGGUGGUGAACGUCGCGAGGUACUUCCACCACCAGACGGUGCGUGUAGGCAAUCAAGAUGAUGACAUCUGUGCAAACGUACGGAAAGGGCUGGACAUAACGAAGGCAACGAACUACAUGCCACAAAGGCAGAUGCCGCUGCUAAACAACACUGGACGCCGGGCGUCGCGGAGAGACGGGAGCAGCAACGUGGCCGGAAGGAAGCGACCUUCGAGCUCCAUAAACACCCCACUGCCGCCCAGCAAGCGCCUUCGCUCGAGCUCUCCAGAAAAACCUGCGAUUGUCAAUAGGGUCCACCGCCGUGUCAUCGUCCGCGACUACGGAGAGGCCAUCUACAAAUCAAGCUCCCCAGCCAUGCUGCUUACUGCAUUAGAGCAAUGCAUUCACGGAUAUGAGUCAUUACACACACAAGGCGGUAUACUCCAACGCGACAUAUCACCAAACAACCUCAUGGUGAACGAGGAUGCCGGGAACCCGUCGUCGUGGCGCGCGUUCUUGGUCGAUCUCGACCUUGCGAUCAAGGAACGGCGGGAGAUGUCUUCAGGGGCAUGCGCGAAGACCGGCACGCGACCGUUCAUGGCCAUAGGAUUGCUCUUAGACGAACAACACUCGUUCAUGCACGACCUUGAAUCAUUCUUCUGGGUCCUAUUCUGGGUGUGUGUUCACUAUGAUGGGCCUGGCAAAGACAUCGGGCCAACUGAGUUCGAAUGUUGGAAUUACGAGAGCAGUAAAAAACUAGCGGAGCUCAAAAAAGGUCUGAUUUCUGACGAGAGUGAUUUUCUGAAGACUGUUGAGGCUAGUUUUACGACUUACUACAAACCACUCGCUUUUCACGUCAACGAAUUACGGAAGAAGGUAUUUCCUGGUGGCGAGAGAUGGAGAGUUGCAAAUUGUAAUCUGUACUCGGAGAUGAAGACGACACUUCGGGCAGCACGAGAUGCAUUAAACUACUCCGUAGUGAAGGUAUAA